GAAGGCGUCGGUCGCGGCACCCUCUACGGUUCAAGCUCCCACCGAGGGUGCGAGGCAGGAAAACAAGAGGAAAGCAGCAGCGUGAAGACCCACUCCGGGCGUGCAGCCGCAGGGAACGCAGGUUCCCACAUUGCCCGCGGCGCGCGCGAGGCCCACUACGCGUGCGCCCUGCCCUACCCACGCCCCCCCGGUCGGCGGGAAAAGGAGGCGGGGGCGGUUAAUGCGCAGGCGCGUGCUCCGAGCUUGGCCCGGCUCGGACCCCGAUCCCGAGAGCUUCUCCGCGCCGGGCUCCGCGCGCAGCCGCUAACUGCCCGCUUUGCUCGGAGUCGACUUGGCAAGUGCGCACGCGCGGGAGUUUCUGGCAGAAGGCAGACGAGCCCGGGCCGGCGCGGGGCCUUGUGGGAGGGCUUAAGGAAGUAAAAUGGCGGACCUGGCGAACGAAGAAAAGCCUGCCAUUGCUCCGCCCGUCUUUGUGUUUCAGAAGGAUAAAGGACAAAAGUCCUCUGCAGAGCAAAAAGACUUGUCGGAUUCGGGAGAGGAGCCUCGGGGGGAGGCUGAGACCCCCCACCAUGGCACGGGUCACCCCGAGUCAGCUGGUGAGCAUGCCCUAGAGCUUCCUGCCCCCGCUAGCGCUUCAGCCAGCGCUCCUGAAGCCCAGCUUCUUCCUUUUCCACGAGAACUGGCAGGGAGGUCAGCCGGAGGCUCCAGCCCCGAAGGUGGAGAAGAUUCUGACCGAGAAGAUGGAAAUUACUGCCCUCCUGUCAAGCGAGAAAGAACAUCCUCUUUAACGCAAUUCCCGCCUUCACAAUCAGUAUCAAAAAACAAUGUUUUUAUGCCAUCCACCUUCUGCGAGCCAUCUGCAGGCAAUUCUGACUCAGAACCAGAGGAAAAGAGCAGUGGAUUCCGGUUGAAGCCGCCGACCCUGAUCCACGGCCAGGCACCCAGUGCAGGUCUGCCGAGCCAGAAGCCCAAGGAGCAGCAGCGGAGCGUGCUUCGCCCAGCAGUGCUACAAGCCCCGCAGCCAAAGGCGCUCUCACAAACCGUCCCGAGCAGCGGCACCAACGGGGUCAGUGUCCCGGCAGAUUGCCCGGGGGCAGCGACAUCGGCUUCGCCUGACAACCCCGCCCGGAGGAGUCCCUCUGACGAGGCGCCAGCACUUGAGGUCCGUCGGCGAUGGGGCAGGGGGUACGCCGCACGCGAAGCUUCUCAGGGCCUCACCGGGCACGUGGGCUGUUGGCCGCUCUGGGCCGUAUCCAAGCUGGCCUGUGAUAAGGCAUCCUGA